AUGCCAAGGCGGAACUCUGUUUAUACUAGCCCUUCUUCGUCUUCCUCUGCUCAUGGUUCCCUUCCCAGAUCGAAUUGUAAAAUGCCUAAGCGGAAAUUUGCUUAUACGGCGCCUUCUUCGUCUUCCUCUGCUCAUGGUUUCCUUCCCAAAUCGGCUAGAAUGGAAGGAUUGAAGGUUCUUCCUCUUCCUCUUACGUUGGAAAUUGGGGAUUGUAACUGCGUCUGUCAAUUUUGUGGUGCUGUUUUUUGGUUUGCUGAAAGAAAUAUAGCCGGCUCAACUGCUAAUCGGCCGGUGUACACUCAAUGCUCCAUUUCAGAACUCAAAUAUGGUUGUAUUGGAGGACCAUUACAAGUACGGAUACUACGGAAAUGGAAACCAGAUAACCGCCGCCAUGAAACAUGGUAUCUGGCAGUCGACAAAUUUGGAGACGCCAUUCAGAUAUUAGGCCAACGAACCAACCAGGGUUAUAUAGAGUCUAUACUCACACUCUCUGACUGUUUUACCAUUGAUGAAUAUACAUGUCCUCUGUUGGAUCAAUAUCAAAAAAUGUUAGAACAGGAUUUCUACAUAGAUGUUGGGAUUGCAUCCACGAUCCAACCAAUGCCUAACACAUCUAUCCUUCCAACAAGUUGGUUUCGUUUCCUACCAAAAAAACAAAUUCUAGAGUUGGGAGAAAACCCACCAUAUUGUCCAGAUUUCAUUGGAGUCAUCACCAAAGUGAAGGAUUGCAACAAAAAAGAUGGAGAGCCUUUUCUAUUGCUGGUCUUAGCUGAUGAAAAUGGUGAUGAACUUGCAAUUAAUCUUUGGAAAGAAUGCACCAAAUGUCCAGAGAAGUUUGAUCGUCAAAAAUUACUGCCUCUCCCUGUAACAACAGUUGUUGCGGUUACCAACCUAAAGGCUUCCAGAACUGACUAUGGUGGAUUACAGAUGUCUUUGUUUCUUAAACUCCCACCGCUUCUACAUCUCUCUUUAGGUGAUAGUGGAUUACACAUGGCUUCAUUUGUUAAACUCCUUUCUACGUGUUUCUUUUCGUUGUCGUUCGUUUUUGCCACUUCCACUUCCCCCUACCUUCUGUAUCGCUCUUUUCUUUUGUUCUUCUCAGGAGGAUCGUCGGCUUUCUUUGCAGGUUUGUACUCAUGCAUCUUCUUCCGUUUCUGUUUAUUGGUGUUGUUUCUUUGCAUUUUGCUUUCCAUUGUAUAUGUUCAUGUUUCAAAUUGUAAAAUGCCAAGGCGGAACUAUGUUUAUACUAGCCCUUCUUCGUCUUCCUCUGCUCAUGGUUCCCUUCCCAGAUCGAAUUGUAAAAUGCCUAAGCGGAAAUUUGCUUAUACGGCGCCUUCUUCGUCUUCCUCUGCUCAUGGUUUCCUUCCCAAAUCGGCUAGAAUGGAAGGAUUGAAGGUUCUUCCUCUUCCUCUUACGUUGGACAUUGGGGAUUGUAACUGCGUCUGUCAAUUUUGUGGUGCUGUUUUUUGGUUUGCUGAAAGAAAUAUAGCCGGAUCAACUGCUAAUCGGCCGGUGUACACUCAAUGUUAUUUCAUUGGAGUCAUCACCAAAGUGAAGGAUUGCAACAAAAAAGAUGGAGAGCCUUUUCUAUUGCUGGUCUUAGCUGAUGAAAAUGGUGAUGAACUUGCAAUUAAUCUUUGGAAAGAAUGCACCAAAUGUCCAGAGAAGUUUGAUUGUCAAAAAUUAUUGCCUCUCCCUGUAACAACAGUUGUUGCGGUUACCAACCUAAAGGCUUCCAGAACUGACGACGAAACUGGUGUCUUAUCUGCAUCCAUAACUGAUUCUGUCGCACGAAAAAUAAUUGGCAAAGGGCCAGACAAACUCUUUGCAGAAAAUACACACCUAGGUAGACGAAACUUGCCUACCUCUAUCAAGACAAAUACAUCACCUGUAAAACAAAUGACAAUUCAGUUACUAAGAACCUCAGCAGCUGGUACCAUCCGUUUUCUCCUUGUGGAUAUUGCCGAUCUCCAACCUGUCGCCCAGUCAACAAUCCCACAGACCCCUACCCCGAUAGCUGAAACCAGAUUACCUGACCAAUACCGUAAAGAUUCAAUUGGAUCUACAACAUCACAAACAUCAGAUGUCUCAAAACGGUUGUCUUACACCCCCUUAGAGAAACAGCCUCAGAAAAGAUUAAGGUCGCAUAAAGACAACCCUUGA